GCGCACAAUCGUGGCUUGCUCAUACCUAACUGCUGGUCGACUCAGCUUGGGCUCGGUUUUGUUUUUUUUAAUUAAACUAUUAUUUAGCUAGCUGUAAAUACAAUAAUUUAUUUAGAACUGCUUGGCCACAGCCGCAUUUGCCUAUUGAUACCGUCCAGCAAGCAGAAGCAUCCCGAAGCGCCAGUUCUCAAACGUUUGGAUUCCGUGGCGAGGAAUCGUAAUUAAGAAACAAUCGAAUCUAUAGCAAAAUGUGCCUUUAGUCUGCUGCAAGACGUCAUGAGAAGCAAAAGCCAACGCGAUUUAGGAGAAAAACCCCGAACGAAUAUGUUUCCAAAGAGCUGCCUUUUGGUCGGUCUUCUAGCGCUCCAUCUUUUGGACCUGACCGCGGCCCAGUUGCCCGGAGAAUUGCCGCCGGGCCAAACGGAUCCCCUGCAGCCCGGGCAGCAGCCCCAGACCUAUCAGCCCAGCUACAACAAGGACUACUCGCCGCGCUACAAUCCGCUCUACACUGGUCAGCAACAGAGCUCGGACUCCAGCCAGUUCGAUAAUCCCCUGCUCGAUGGACAGAGCACCGGCACCUACAAGGGCUACUACGAUGGCAGGUUGGGAGCCGGAGGCGUUGGCGGUAAUGUGGUCGGACCGGGAAACAACCUGGGCGGGCUGGGGCCCCAGUACGACCCCUUCAACCGGAACAGCAUUAGCUCGGCGGGAGUCAACUUCCGCGAUGCCUACAGCGACGAGGACAACUUCUGCCCAGAGCACUGGGUGUCGUUUAGGCAGACGUGCUAUCGCUUCAUCCGCUCGCCCAAGCGCAACUGGGCGGAGGCCAAGAAGAUCUGCAAGGCCUACACUGCCGACCUGCUGAACGUGGACAACGUGGAGAAGCACUCGUUUAUACUCAAGAACCUCAUUCUGCAGAAUCAGCGACAGAAUCGAUUCUUCAUCUCUGCACGACAAACAGGUCCACUGAACUGGGUCAACGACGACAACACCCAGCUGGUGCAGAUCGAGGACGCGUUUUCCAUGGACGAGCAUGUGCCGCUGGAAAACGAGGAUCUGCACGACAAUCGUUUCCUUGUGCAAAACGAUCUGAACAACCGAAAUCUCAACAAUCCCAAUCAGUUUUACAACUCGCUGCCGGGCAGCGUUAAUCAGCGCAAUCAAAAUAACCUACGCGGCUAUAUAGGUCCCAAUCAGCCGUACGGAGACAAUGGAUAUGUACGCGAUCGCGUUGUCUACGCUUACUCCAAGAAGAAUGAUCGCUGGAUGUUUAUGCCGGCCUACGAAAUCGAACUGAAUCUCUUUAUUUGCGAGUCGAAGGUCCUUUACAGCCCCGACAACGUCAACAUUAAGCUGGACGACAAGCGGCCCUAUCACUAUGGACUCGAUAUUACGGACAUGGAACGCAUUCCGCGGGGUCCGUACUUCGUAAAGCAGCCGAACGACACGACAUUCGAUGUGAACAAGAAUCGCCUGAUCAACGAUGUAACACUGAGCUGUUUGGCUGGCGGCUAUCCGACGCCUUCGUACUUGUGGUACCGCGAAGUGUACGUGAACGACACACUGGAGUACCAGAAGAUCGAUCCCCUGGCGCAGGAUCGAUACACGAUAUCGGGGGGCAACCUGAUCAUCUACGAGCCCAAGCAGGCACUGGACCAGGGCGCCUAUCAUUGCGUGGCAGAGAACAAAUUCGGACGCAUUCGAUCCGAAAGCGCUCAUCUCAACUUCGGCUUCAUCAUGGAGUUCAAUCUAAAACGUUCAGCGGAGACGAGCGAGAUGAACUGGGGCAAGUCCAUAUUUUGUGACCCACCGCAGCAUUAUCCCGAUGUGCGUUAUUACUGGGCACGCGACUAUUUCCCCAACUUUGUGGAGGAGGACCAGCGUGUGUUCGUCUCCCGGGAUGGUGCCCUAUACUUCUCCUUCAUAGAGACCGUCGACAGGGCCAACUACUCGUGCACCGUACAGACCCUUGUGUCGGACACCGGUCGCAAUGGACCCUUUUUCCCGCUGCGCGUGACGCCCAACAGCAACUAUCAGGCGCUGAUAUUCGCCAACACCUUUCCCAAAGUCUUCCCGGAGGCGCCGGUGGCUGGUGACGAGAUUCGACUGGAGUGCAUGGGUUUCGGCUACCCCAUUCCGUCGUACAACUGGACGCGCCAAGGACUACCACUCCAGCGCAAUGCGUACACCAUCAACUACGGGCGAGUGUUGAUCAUCCAGAAUGCCACGACGAACGACAACGGCGAGUACUCGUGCACCAUUACCAAUCCCCGCAAGACGCUCACCAAGAGCAUCUACAUCAACAUCCAAAUGCGGCCGCAGUUCACCAUUCCGCUCAAGGACAUGAUCAAAGACUACAACAGCGAUGUGACCUUCAUAUGUGAGGCAUUCGCCAUUCCGGAUGCCAACUACACGUGGUACAAAAACGCAGAACGCCUCGAUCCCGCAACCAUUAAUCGUGAUCGCUAUAUCAUCCAAGACAAUGUUCUGACCAUUAAGUUUUUGGAAAAGGAUAAGGACGAGGCAAUGUACCAGUGUGGUGCCCAAAAUCAGCUAAAAACGGCCUUCUCUUCGGCACAACUCCGUGUGCUGUCCAUGAAACCGUCCUUUAAGAAACAUCCCCUCGAGUCCGAGGUCUAUGCGGUCUACAAUGGCAACACCACCAUUGUGUGCGAUCCCGAAGCCGCUCCACGGCCCAAGUUCCAAUGGAAGAAGGACGGCCAGGUCAUUGGCUCGGGUGGUCACCGACGCAUCCUACCCAGCGGCACCCUCAACAUUGCGCCCACGUCGCGAGACGAUGAGGGCGUUUACUCCUGCAUUGCAUCCAAUCAGGCCGGCACCGAUGAAUCCCAUGCCCGCGUUAUUGUUUUGCAGGAAAUUCGGUUUAUUGAAACGCCUCCGCAGCGCAUAGUUGCCAAGGAGCAUGACCUAAUCUUUUUGCAUUGUGAGGCCGCCUUCGAUGAACUGCUGGACAUUGCUUACGUUUGGAAGCACAACGGCGAACUCCUGAAGAACAACCACGACGGCACCGGACGUAUUAUUGUUGACUGGAACAGAUUGACGGUGCAUAACACCACCAUGCGUGAUGCCGGCGACUACGAGUGCGUGGUCAAGUCGGCGGUCAAUGAGAUUAGCAGCAAGACCAGUGUGUCCAUCGAGGGAGCACCUGGAGCUCCAGGCGGCGUUCAAGUCAUACAGAUCAGUAAGACGAAGGCAAUCAUUGAGUGGGUGGACGGAGCGAACAAUGGCCGGCCAAUUCGCUACUACAACAUCCUCGGACGCACCAACUGGAACCGCACAUGGGUGAAUGUAUCGACGCAUGUGCAGUCGCGCGAGGUGGAUCGCUAUACGGCGCGCCAACAAGCCGAGGUGGUCAAUCUGACGCCGUGGUCGGCCUACGAGUUCAGUGUGACGGCCGUUAAUGACUUGGGCAUUGGAACGCCAUCAGCACCGUCGCCCAUCUAUAGCACCUAUGAGGACAAGCCCUACAUUGCGCCGAGGAACGUGGGCGGUGGAGGCGGUAAGAUCGGCGACCUGACGAUUACCUGGGAUCCGCUGUUGCCGCAAGAGCAGCACAGCCACGGAAUACACUACAAGGUGUUCUGGAAGCUGAAGGGUGCCAUCGAGUGGGCUUCGGACGAGAUCAAGAAACAGGACCAUAUGGGCGUGGCCGUGGUCAACAUACCGCUGAACAAUUACUACACGGAGUAUGAGGUCAAGGUGCAGGCCAUCAACAGCAUUGGCAAGGGACCGGAAAGUGGCAUUGCUGUCAUCCACUCGGCCGAGGACAUGCCACAAGUGGCUCCCCAGAAGCCGUUUGCGCUCGCCUUCAACUCCACCUGCUUUAACGUCACCUGGCAACCGAUCGACAUGUCCCGCGAGAACAUUCGCGGCAAACUCAUUGGCCACAGGUUGAAGUAUUGGAAAACAACGCAUCAGGAAGAAGACUCCGUGUACUACCUGUCACGCACGACCAGAAAUUGGGCACUGAUCGUUGGUUUGCAGCCGGACACGUACUACUUUGUGAAGGUCAUGGCAUACAAUGCUGCUGGAGAAGGACCCGAAAGCGAACGCUUUGAAGAGCGCACAUAUCGAAAGGCCCCGCAAAAGCCACCGUCUUCGGUUCAUGUGUAUGGAAUAAAUCCGUCCACGGUGCGAGUUGUAUGGCGUUACGUUUCACCCUCGCAGGACGAGGAACCAGUCGAGGGCUACAAGGUUCGCAUUUGGGAAACGGACCAGAACAUGAUCACAGCCAACAAUACCAUCGUGCCAAUUGGACAGAAGCUGGAGUCCUACAUCAAUAACCUCACGCCCGGAAAGAGCUACAACAUGCGAGUUCUGGCCUUCAGCAACGGAGGCGAUGGCCGCAUGUCCAGUCCCACGCUGCGCUUCCAAAUGGGCAAGACGACGCGGAAUGCGGCAAAUACCCGUCAUGGCCAUAACAUCAAUACGGCACUAAUCUUAAGCACAUUGCUACUCCUCACCACCUUUUUCUACACAAGCCACUGAAGGCAGCACAAAUCAAGGAUGCAGAAACUUAGGCAGUAAGAAAAUAUAUUAUACUAAGAAGUGACCUUAUAUAAGAGUAAGUAGUGCAGGCAGUUAAACAUAUACAUUCCAUUUUUACUCUUGCUCUAAAUUAUGUAAAUGCAAUUCCGUCCACUUUAAAGACUUUUUAAAAACAAAUAAAUUUAUAUCUUUCCAAGUA